AUGGGCCGACGCUCCACGUUCUCAAGCCCAAUCGAUGGUCGGCGGAAGACACCCUGCCGGAAGGAGACACUUAUGGCGAAGGGACAAAUAUUAGCUGUUCUUCAAAUAGGUGGAGAAUUCACCACCGAUGAAGAUGGACACAUGUCAUAUUCUGGUGGAGAGGCACAUGCUAUGCAUGUCCAAAGUGACUGGACUUUUAGUGCAUUUAAGCAAGAGAUAUCGUCGACACUUAACAAUCUGAAGCUUGACCAGUUUGCAUUCAAGUAUUUCCUUCCAAAGAAUGAUAAAACUUUGAUCUCUAUUUCCAAUGACAAGGACCUACGACGCAUGGUUGAAUUCCAUGCAGAGUCAGAUUCAACAUACAUUUAUGUCAUGAAGAAAGCUGACAACAGGUCAAAGAGCAUUCUUGCUGUCUCGGCCACUCCCACAGAUGCCUUUGCCAUUGCCCCAACAACUCAGGAUGGGUCUAAGAGACAAAAGGUUUGUGCAAGUUGGAAGAAUGUGAUAACUGGAGUUGGCCAAGUGUUUGAAGGACCUAAGGAUUUCCGUGAUGCCUUGCAUAAGUAUGCCAUUGCACAUAGGUUCCAUUAUAGAUUUAUCAAGAACGAUUCAUCUCGUGUGACUGCUGAGUGUACUGGUGAAGGUUGCCCAUGGCGAAUACAUGCUUCUAAGUCCCCUGCAAAGAAAGAAUUUAUGAUCAAGAAAAUAUCUGAAAGCCACACCUGUGAAUCAGAAACAGUCAAAAGUAAUCGGUUGGCUUCUCAGCGAUGGGUUGCUAGUGUCAUAAAAGAAAAGUUGCGUGAUAGUCCAAACUACAGACCAAGAGAUAUUGCAAAUGAUCUUCAACGAUGGCCUUGGAAGAUUCAAAGUUUCGCUUUCUUUGUUGCAUUCCAUGCGCCGCUCCAUGGUUUUGAGCAUGGGUGCAGGCCGCUACUUUUUCUUGAAGCGAUAACUGCAAAGCCCAAUAAGCAUUGGAAGCUACUGGCUGCUGCUUCAGUUGAUGGUGAAGGUGAUGUGUUCCCAGUUGCUUUUGGUGUUGUGGAUGAUGAGUCGCGUGAAAAUUGGCAUUGGUUUCUCGAGCAACUAAAAUCUUCACUUGGGACAUCUCGGACCAUCACAUUCAUAUCGAAUGGAGAACAUGGACUUUGGGAUGUAGUAUCUUCGGUUUUCCAAGAGAGUCAUCAUGGCUACUGUGUGGAGUCUCUUAUUGAAGAAUUUAAGACGCAGCUGGAUGAUGCAUGGACUGAGGAACUAAAAGAUUCCAUGGUUGAGCAUCUUAAAAAGGCCAUAUAUUCAUGCACAGAUGAUGAGUUCAAUCAGUAUAUUGAGUUCAUCAAAAGUGAAUCUGACAAGCUUGCUGAUUGGCUCUUGGAGAUCAAACCUGAGCAGUGGUCAGAUGCUUUUUUUAAGGGAUCACGUCAUGGGCAGUAUUCUUGUAAUAUUUUUGGCACUGUGUCUGAGUGGAUUCCCACGAGAUAUGAGCUUUCAGUUGUGCAAUUGGUUGACACGAUAAGGUGCAAGCUGAUGGAGAUGAUGUACACACGCAGGGAAUCUUCCAAUGCAUGGACUGAGGUAUUAACACCGGCAGCCAAUCAGAAACUUCAGGAAGAGGUGAACAAAGCCCACACCCUCAAUGUCCUUCCAGCAGAAAACGAUGAAAAUGGCAACGUGUUUAAGGUCUGUGAUGACUCAGUUAAUGUUGUCAACCUUGACACAUGGGAAUGCACCUGCCAAAGGUGGCAUAUUUCUGGGCUGCCGUGCAUGCAUGCGAUUGCCGUAUUGGACCGCACCGGGCAAUAUGCAUAUGACUACUGUGUGAAGUACUUCACAACAGGAUGCUACCGCUUGACCUAUUCCUUGUCAAUAAAUCCCAUACCUGAUGUUGUUGUGCCACCUACAUUAAUCGACCCAGCUCAGAGCCCAGCAACAUACCCAUGCCCACUGCGAACCCGGCGUCGGGUUGGCCGGCCAAAAGAGAAGCCUGCUGAUCCUCGCAUUGCAAUCAAGAGGGCAGUGCGCUGCAGCAGGUGCAAGGGUUAUGGCCACAACAAGGCAACCUGCAAAGUUCCUAUCAGCACAUAG